GUCAAUAUUGCCUGCGCAGUGGUGCGCCUUCGUUUAUGAUGGGAGCGACAUGAGAAGCGAGAAGAUCGCUUGUUGGUUUUUUUUUUUUUUUUUAGUUUUUGGAUCUUUUUUUGUUUUGUUCGUGAAUAAAUUAAUAGUGUCGCAGUACUACAUAAAAAAAACGUGGGGGGUAGCAUGAGCUAAGUAGCUGUGCAGUACUUCCGACUCCCGUUGAACGUGUAACUGCGUUGGAUAGAAACAUUUAUUAUUGGCUUUGCAGCUUCGAUACCCAUAUCCUUUCUUCGACGUGACACAACAAUAUCCCUCCAAACUCAACAUGCUAGGUCCAAAGUCUGCUGACCUCGUGUCAUGGGUGGGAGUCUGGGUUGCCACCGCUCCAUCCCCAAAGACCCCACUGAUUUCAGCAACGGUAAGCACAAAUUGAGCACGGCGUGUAACUUUGGAAGCAUUCUGAUGAACCAGGGUGGGAGUCUGGGUUGCCACCGCUCCAUCCCCCCCAAAGACCGCACUGAUUUCAGCAAUGGCAAGCCCAAAUUCAGCACCGCGCAUAACUUUGGAAGCAUGCUGAUGAACCAGGACCGUGUCGACAUCAACACGGCCACUGAGGAGGAACUCAUGACUCUUCCAGGCGUUAACCGCACUGUCGCUCAGAAUAUCGUCGGCUACCGCAACUGCAUUGGUGGAUAUAAGAAAGUGGAAGAUCUGGCACUUGUCGAUGGAAUAGGGGGAGCCAAGCUGGAGGUGAUCAAAGUGGAAAUAUGUGUCUCCAGUAGAAGUUCGUCAACUCCUUGUCCUCACUGUGCCAAGACCUGUAACCGUCGUGUUCUGGCAUGAACAUGGACACAGCCGGCCUUCGCUCACGAGUACCCGAGGUGGAAUAAGUCGAUCAAACCCCUGUCGGUCCUCCCUCGCCUGGAGCAGAGUUUGUAUUCCGGCAACGCGGGCACCCUUAGCUUCACAGGCUGCACUGUCCUCUUUCUCGGAUAUGCUUAUUCUCUACUAUUCCGCUCUAUGUUUCACACCCCCAUUCCCUCCUAAAUAAAAUAGUAAAUGGGUGACCAGUA